AUGUUUCCCAUGUUUGGACGAAGCCAUUACAUGAUUCUAAACAAACUGGCACAAGAACUGUCAGAUAGGGGCCAUGAGGUAUGCAAAUAAGAGUACAAAAUUUUAAGUAACAGCACGAUUGUUAUUUGGUCCAGCCUUUGUUGUUGUCAACUAGCAUAUAAGCUAAGGGUCUUUAACAUACUUUAUGGUACAAUUCUGAAUACAGCCAAGAAGUGCUACAGUCUACAGUGUCUACAUUGCAUGACAAUUACCCACACAUUUAUAAUAAUCCUAGCAGUCGAGAGACGGUACAGGAUAUUAAGAAGCAGUCCAAAAAGACUUAAAAGAAAAGUGGCUGUAACCGGCAUAGCUCGGCAUCGAAAGUAAUCACUGACUAAAAAAGAGAGAAGACACUCUCUCCGUUUUGGUACAUUGAAAACAAAUAAAAUAAUCUCCUGUUAUACAUGGCUCUACCCAGGAGCAGAGAUCAGUAAUUGACCGUUUAUAAUCCUGGUUUAUAAUCUACAUAAGCUAUUAACUUCAAAUCCCUAAAUACAUUUUGAAAUGAAAUCACGAAAGCAUUCUUGCUGUCUGUUUUUUUUCGUAUACUUUUGGUUGAGUAAAGUAGUGAAGCCGAAAAUGCUGAUUCCGGAAGAUUAAUCAGUCUCAGGGCAAUAUCUGCAAAAGAACUAAUUAUUUAUCUUUUUAUAAUUUUCAUCGUGAUUACUGUAUUGUAAUGAGGUAUUGUUUGCCUUACUGAAAGGGGACUGAAAGCUCCUGCCUCGUAAAUAUAAAUUUCGACCUAUUUUCCCGUAACUUUCAUCGCCAGCGGGCGGCCAUCUUGUAAAUGAACGACAGAUUUUCGUUGAAACUCAGUACGGCUGUUGAAAUAAGUCAGGAGGACAAUUAUAAAAUGUAAUAAAAAGAGGGUUUCACUUGGCUCGUUGUCGCGGUUCAGUGCUGAGGAAUACGGCUAUUUAGGCGCCUUUCGCAAUCAUGAUCAGCCGUGUGCAGCCCAAAACUGGACAUACAGACUGAUAUAGGCGCGGAUUUUUCCAUGAUGCUUGUGUUUUCACACAGAAGUUGGGUUUAUUUUAUAGCUUAUCCACGCACGUGUACCUAGAAAAAGCCUUUUAAUACCUUCGGGCUUUACCUUACGCUCAACCGAAAACUGCCCGCGAGCGUGAAGUGUCGGCCUUUUUCCUUCCGAUUUUUGAGCGAAGACUGGGGCGAGUUUGAAAAUGGCGCUACGUGGAAGAUGGAAGAAAACAUUGAAAAGUACGAUUUUAGGGAAUUUACCUCGAGAUAUUGCAAUUACUUUGUAGGACGUAAAGUGAUAAAGACGGAGCUUAGACGUCCGUUUAUAGUGAUUCAGCACGAGUCGGUCAGGAUCCACUAUCGUUAGCCUCGGUGAAUGUGAAAUACGCCACACUCGGCACUCAUACCGCUACCGUUACGAGCAUUCUCAAAACAUUAAAACUCAUCUUGACCAAAAUAAAACCGCUAUCGAAAAUUCCCCUAACGCUUCUUUUUGAUCGACAUCACAUUAACAAUGUUUCUGCAGAAGAUAUUUUCACUAGCCACCAUCUUGUUAUGUGCAGUGCCGCAAAACCAGCUAAUCACUUUGACAAGAGCCAUUCUAAAAAAAGACAAGGCAACUUCUAUUUCAAAUCUAAUUUCUUAUAAAUUUGCCCUUGUGGAAAACAAACUGUUUGCCCAUUGAAUCUGAAGCUAAACUAUAGGUACUUCGUUUCUUUAGGAAUAACAGGGUGAGGAAACGCCAAAGCGCGCGUUAAAAUUGCUACCCGCGCGUGAGGAACAAGGUAGUACAACGAGGGGAGAGAGCAAAUCCUGCUAUUUUGCUCGCCCUACUAUCCCCGAGGAAAGUGAGGGAAUUUUCUUAGUCUUCUUUGAAGCCUAGCCAGUUCAAUAGCUACAAGGGUUCGCAAGUAUUUUGGGAUGAGGAAUGACCUUCUUCCUCAAGUAGUUUAAGGCCUGGGUCUAAAGGGUUUACCAGCGGAAAACGAUUUACUGGCUAUAUAAACUUCGGCACAUGCACAGAUUAUGCAACGGAAUCAAUAUUUGGCACACAUAAAGUAUAAAUAUUGUUGAUAGGUCACGUGAUGUGUCACGUGACCAUUUUUCUAAAAAGUCUUACAUCAUUGACAAAUUGGUGGCGGGUUUCUAUCAAGCCAUAGCAUUUUUCUCAUUCAUAUCAAGGAAUUUUUAACACUUCACGUUUGCAAUGUUCAAUAAACAAAUUAUGAGAGAAAACAUUUUAAAUGCCCAAAUAUAAUCUUGAGAUAUAAAAAACUUUAAUUAAUAUAAACGUCGCGUACAUUCAUUUUACCUCUGUAGAAAGUAAGGCAUGUUUACCCUCUAUCAGAAAUGCCAAUUUAUUUAACCAAACAAAUUAACUAUGCGCCACCAAUUUGCCAAUCUCCUUCAUUUCAAUUUUUGAUCGCGUUAAGGCACCAGAAGACCUCAAGAUUUACUUUUGUAGAAAAAUUCAUCUUUCUUUAAGUUUCCUAGCGAGAGUUAUUGCCAAUCAAUCAUAUGCUCCGACCACACCUUUGACCUAGGCCUUGAACCCCUUGAGUCGAGGGAUAGCCCGAAACAAACCAAGAUGACGUGCAUUGAAUAAGGCUACUUACUCAGUUUUAUCAUCGCCUUGACAGGUUAUUCUAUUUAUGGGAACAACGGCUAAAUAUGCUACAAACAAUCCACAUGUACGCUUCUUUAACAACAGCAAGACCUUCUCUACGAUCACUUCAGGAAAGCAGAACACGCCGUUGAGUGCAAGACAGCAAUUUAACAUUCUUUUCACCACCCAGUCAUCGUAUUGCGAUGAAAUGCUAAGUGACGUGGGGCUUAUGAAGGAAACUAAUGAUGCCGAUCUCGUUGUUGGUGAACUGUGGUAUCUCUGCUCAGCGUUAGUAGCGGACAAAUUAUCAGUACCGCAAGUUUUGAUAUCUGCAGCGCCUUUCUCCACACCAUCUUCGCUUGCAGUUGGUAUGCCCGCUCCGCCAGCCUAUAUACCUCAAAUAAGCAACAAUGAUAAUAGAAUGUCAAAUAUUAUUGACAGAGCUAGGAAUGUACUACAAUGGAUAUCACUGUAUUGGUAUUACUUGCAGGAUUUUUGCCCACUUUAUGGCAAUAUUAAAGCAAAAUACAACAUCACACCCAACAAAAGCAUCCACGAAACACUCGGAAGAGCUGAUCUGAUUAUCGGUCAGGUGCCGUUUGGAUUAGAGCAUCCGAGGCCUGUCCAUCCAAGUAAGUCGGUUUUUUUUCUCAUUUAUUUUCACAUUACUGUACACCACAGUUUAAGAAUAAGUAAGUCGUUUUUUUUCCUCAUUUCUUUUUCCAUUACUAUACUCCACAGUUUUAUAACAAUCGCAAUUAGGUAUUAGGCUAGGACCUAAUUUUGUGCCGUCUUCAACAAAACAUGUGUCACUUUUGAAUGUCGCUUAGAAUUCCCUGCAAGUAGAGCUGCCAAAUCUGAGUAGAUAGCGCGAAACAUGAAAGCAAAGAACCAAACUCGAAGGCAAAGUUAGAGAGCGCUAAGUUCUAGUUUCCGCCGCUGGGCUCGUCUUUGUCUUUGAGAACGCCUAAAUGGCGCUCAUUUGAUUGAUCUGCCAAUUUUUGCCGUUAAUAGAAACAGGUUGUGUCACGGAGGUUCUUGGAAAUUUUAGUUAUGCAUGUUCCACACCCUCACGGUGUUCACCAGUUCGUUGAAUUGAGCUGGUAAUUUUCACUGGGCCAUGAUUUCUGGGAGUCCAAUUGUUUUCCACAACAUUGCAGUUCCGUGAUCGAUCUCUUGGUGAUUAUAAUAACAUAUCUUUUUUUUUAACAUGUCCUGUACUGUUUCAUUAUAGACACUCGGGUUGUUGGUCCAUUCCUUCCCAGUCCAGCUAAGCCUCUACCAAAAGAACUGGAGGAAUUCAUAGGAAAAGACGGUGACCAAGAUGUUAUCUUAGUUUCAUUUGGUAGCAUUUUGGGAGAAAUUGCAGAAUUAAAUGAACCACUCUUGCAAAGAAUGGCAGACGCUUUCUCUAAGCUUCCACAAAAGGUUAUCUGGAAAAUGAAGUUAGAAGGUAUGUUCAUAAACACACCGAGGAAUAUCCUCAUUCAAGCAAGGAAGAGUAAUUACAGUGAUCAGCGGAUUAACUAGCCUGGUUACAGACCUUCUAUUUUCUCUUUAUAGAGAAAAGAUUAGCGGGCAGGAUUAACUUGAUUAGAUGGCGGGUGCUCUAGAUUUUUGACGGCGAAGUCGAGUGAAGGUUGGGAGCAAAUACCCGGUAGCUUUUGCUCUGCGGCUCCGCCUUUAAACCCCCUUGCAAACGGACGCAACAUUGUUGGCCAACAACUCCCAACAUUGUCGGAUGUUACAUGUUGCGUCCGUUUGCACACCCUGUUGCGUGUUGUUGGAUGUCGAUGCGCGUUGUUGCGCAAAGUUUGAAACCGGUCAAACUUUUCAGCCAAUAACUCCCAACAUUUCUUUUGUUCCGUGAUCGCCGAAACGUAGCGCAACAAUGUUGGAUCCGUUUGCACAGCUUUUCCAACAUUGUUCGGGCCACGCACGCUCAUUACGCAUGGUUUACAAAGACUUGUGUGUUGUAUCCUUCCCACGAUGCAUUGCAUUGUUGGGAGUUGUUGCAUCCGUUUGCACACCACUGCCAACACUCACGCAACAACUCCCAACAUUGUUGGCGCAAAAAUGUUGGGAGUUGUUGCGUCCGUUUGCACGCAGCCUAAGAAAGUAUGUAGGAUAUAAUAAUUCCACCAACUACGUAUUAGGCUAUUUACAGCUCGUCGAGCGCCUGUAUGAAUAUAAAAUCCGCGAGGGAUUUAUUAAGCGCUAGCGCAAGGGGGUGGGGUGGGCAAUGCGCCUCCCGCCCCCAUCUUGCCUUACGUGCAGUGAUUUCAGAAAAAGCCCCAUUAGCAAAGAUAAAUCAAAUGCUACCAACUCACAUGUCAUAGCUGCAGAAGGGUACCAUCUGGUCGCUGUUAAAUUACCCAGUGACUGUACGCAUUUUUUUCUCAACAGGCAAGCUACAUGUGUCAGUAAGUGACAAUAAAAAGAGAACAUUUUUAGUGUGGUCAAAACGAAUAUACAUCAUCUUGACUAAGAGCAAAAGGAAGAGAGCUAAGUCAGCACAUAAAGCUUACCUUGGCAGACAAACCUUGCUUAUACAGGAAAAUUUUCACCCUGUACCUGUCUGAUUGUAUUACAUUAGUCACAUGAUAGCUUUAGACCUGCAGCCUCCGCAGUUCGGGGGAAAAAGAAAACCUUGUUCCCAGGGUUCUCUGUAAGCAAGAGAGAGAACCCUGGGGAAGAGGUUGCGAAAAAGCCGAAACAAAAUCGGCGAACAAAGCGAGCCGAGCGGGAGUCUGGGGAAGGGAAAGCCCAUUGCUCGGCUCGCUUUGCUCUCCGAUUUUUUUGCUGCUUCACUCCGUUUUCGUCUUUAUCCCCCACUACGGAGCCUGGUCCCAGGCUAAUCUUUUAAAUAAAGCUUAACUAACUAAGUGCAGCAAAUGAUUGAUAUCCGCUUAAUAGAGGAGACAGCAACAUUAAUAAAACAACUGUCGUCGGGAUGGGCAAAAGAUGGUCGCGGUCACUUGAGAGAGGAGGCCGCUCACAAGAGGUUUAAUUUACAAUUCUUUUCUACAAUGAUUUCGGGACUUUGGUUAUUGGCCGCUUAGUAAAGGGUGGUCGCUUAAUAGGCAGACGAUUGAUGGAAGUUCAAUUGUCAAUGCCAAGGAAGACACCAAAGUUCUUUUUGUUGGAUGGUGUGUGGGUCCUGACUGUGUACAAUAGGUUUCUGGGGGUAAAAGAAGAAGAGAGAAACGAAAAGGGAAGACAGCGAAGAGAGAGAAACAUUCUUUCCUUCCCCCUCCCCCCUCCCCACUGCGUCCGCUAAAAAUCUCCUUUCCCAUACCCGCUAAGGAAGGCCCUGAUACUUACGCUAACUCGAGAUUACGUGACAAAAACAGAUGUAAUUGAUACGCGCAUGCGAGGAAGCACAAUGGGCUAAUAUUUAUUUAAAUUUUAAAGGCUUCCUUUCAGGAGUUCUUAGCUGGACACUUAGCCAAUUAUGGCGGCUUUGGGAACAGUUCUGUUGCUCUCGCUUGUUUCAGCAUGCUUUGCUGCAAAAUUUGUCAUGUUUCCCAUGUUUGGACGAAGCCAUUACAUGAUUCUAAACAAACUGGCACAAGAACUGUCAGAUAGGGGCCAUGAGGUAUGCAAAUAAGAGUACAAAAUUUUAAGUAACAGCACGAUUGUUAUUUGGUCCAGCCUUUGUUGUUGUCAACUAGCAUAUAAGCUAAGGGUCUUUAACAUACUUUAUGGUACAAUUCUGAAUACAGCCAAGAAGUGCUACAGUCUACAGUGUCUACAUUGCAUGACAAUUACCCACACAUUUAUAAUAAUCCUAGCAGUCGAGAGACGGUACAGGAUAUUAAGAAGCAGUCCAAAAAGACUUAAAAGAAAAGUGGCUGUAACCGGCAUAGCUCGGCAUCGAAAGUAAUCACUGACUAAAAAAGAGAGAAGACACUCUCUCCGUUUUGGUACAUUGAAAACAAAUAAAAUAAUCUCCUGUUAUACAUGGCUCUACCCAGGAGCAGAGAUCAGUAAUUGACCGUUUAUAAUCCUGGUUUAUAAUCUACAUAAGCUAUUAACUCCAAAUCCCUAAAUACAUUUUGAAAUGAAAUCACGAAAGCAUUCUUGCUGUCUGUUUUUUUCGUAUACUUUUGGUUGAGUAAAGUAGUGAAGCCGAAAAUGCUGAUUCCCGAAGAUUAAUCAGUCUCAGGGCAAUAUCUGCAAAAAAACUAAUUAUUUAUCUUGUAUAAUUUUCAUCGUGAUUACUGUAUUGUAAUGAGGUAUUGUUUGCCUUACUGAAAGGGGACUGAAAGCUCCUGCCUCGUAAAUAUAAAUUUCGACCUAUUUUCCCGUAACUUUCAUCGCCAGCGGGCGGCCAUCUUGUAAAUGAACGACAGAUUUUCGUUGAAACUCAGUACGGCUGUUGAAAUAAGUCAGGAAGACAAUGAUAAAAUGUAAUAAAAAGAGGGCUUCACUUGGCUCGUUGUCGCGGUUCAGUGCUGAGGAAUACGGCUAUUUAGGCGCCUUUCGCAAUCAUGAUCAGCCGUGUGCAGCCCAAAGCUGGACAUACAGACUGAUAUAGGCGCGGAUUUUUCCAUGAUGCUUGUGUUUUCACACAGAAGUUGGGUUUAUUUUAUCACUUAUCCACGCACGUGUACCUAGAAAAAGCCUUUUAAUACCUUCGGGCUUUACCUUACGCUCAACCGAAAACUGCCCACGAGCGUGAAGUGUCGGCCUUUUUCCUUCCGAUUUUUGAGCGAAGACUGGGGCGAGUUUGAAAAUGGCGCUACGUGGAAGAUGGAAGAAAACAUUGAAAAGUACGAUUUUAGGGAAUUUACCUCGAGAUAUUGCAAUUACUUUGUAGGACGUAAAGUGAUAAAGACGGAGCUUAGACGUCCGUUUAUAGUGAUUCAGCAUGAGUCAGUCAGGAUCCACUAUCGUUAGCCUCGGUGAAUGUGAAAUACGCCACACUCGGCACUCAUACCGCUACCGUUACGAGCAUUCUCAAAACAUUAAAACUCAUCUUGACCAAAAUAAAACCGCCAUCGAAAAUUCCCCUAACGCUUCUUUUUGAUCGACAUCACAUUAACAAUGUUUCUGCAGAAGAUAUUUUCACUAGCCACCAUCUUGUUAUGUGCAGUGCCGCAAAACCAGCUAAUCACUUUGACAAGAGCCAUUCUAAAAAAAGACAAGGCAACUUCUAUUUCAAAUCUAAUUUCUUAUAAAUUUGCCCUUGUGGAAAACAAACUGUUUGCCCAUUGAAUCUGAAGCUAAACUAUAGGUACUUCGUUUCUUUAGGAAUAACAGGGUGAGGAAACGCCAAAGCGCGCGUUAAAAUUGCUACCCGCGCGUGAGGAACAAGGUAGUACAACGAGGGGAGAGAGCAAAUCCUGCUAUUUUGCUCGCCCUACUAUCCCCGAGGAAAGUGAGGGAAUUUUCUUAGUCUUCUUUGAAGCCUAGCCAGUUCAAUAGCUACAAGGGUUCGCAAGUAUUUUGGGAUGAGGAAUGACCUUCUUCCUCAAGUAGUUUAAGGCCUGGGUCUAAAGGGUUUACCAGCGGAAAACGAUUUACUGGCUAUAUAAACUUCGGCACAUGCACAGAUUAUGCAACGGAAUCAAUAUUUGGCACACAUAAAGUAUAAAUAUUGUUGAUAGGUCACGUGAUGUGUCACGUGACCAUUUUUCUAAAAAGUCUUACAUCAUUGACAAAUUGGUGGCGGGUUUCUAUCAAGCCAUAGCAUUUUUCUCAUUCAUAUCAAGGAAUUUUUAACACUUCACGUUUGGAAUGUUCAAUAAACAAAUUAUGAGAGAAAACAUUUUAAAUGCCCAAAUAUAAUCUUGAGAUAUAGAAAACUUUAAUUAAUAUAAACGUCGCGUACAUUCAUUUUACCUCUGUAGAAAGUAAGGCAUGUUUACCCUCUAUCAGAACACGUGCCAAUUUAUUUAACCAAACAAAUUAACUAUGCGCCACCAAUUUGCCAAUCUCCUUCAUUUCAAUUUUUGAUCGCGUGACAUGUCACAUGACGAUAAUUAAACGUUAAGGCAUAAGAAGACCUCAAGAUUUACUUUUGGAGAAAAAUUCAUCUUUCUUUAAGUUUCCUAGCGAGAGAUAUUGCCAAUCAAUCAUAUGCUCCGACCACACCUUUGACCUAGGCCUUGAACCCCUUGAGUCGAGGGAUAGCCCGAAACAAACCAAGAUGACGUGCAUUGAAUAAGGCUACUUACUCAGUUUUAUCAUCGUCUUGACAGGUUAUUCUAUUUAUGGGAACAACGGCUAAAUAUGCUACAAACAAUCCACAUGUACGCUUCUUUAACGACAGCAAGACCUUUUCUACGAUCACUUCAGGAAAGCAGAACACGCCGUUGAGUGCAAGACAGCAAUUUAACAUUCUUUUCACCACCCAGUCAUCGUAUUGCGAUGAAAUGCUAAGUGACGUGGAGCUUAUGAAGGAAACUAAUGAUGCCGAUCUCGUUGUUGGUGAACUGUGGUAUCUCUGCUCAGCGUUAGUAGCGGACAAAUUAUCAGUACCGCAAGUUUUGAUAUCUGCAGCGCCUUUGUCCACACCAUCUUCGUUUGCAGUUGGUAUGCCCGCUCCGCCAGCCUAUAUACCUCAAAUAAGCAACAAUGAUAAUAGAAUGUCAAAUAUUAUUGACAGAGCUAGGAAUGUACUACAAUGGAUAUCACUGUAUUGGUAUUACUUGCAGGAUUUUUGCCCACUUUAUGGCAAUAUUAAAGCAAAAUACAACAUCACACCCAACAAAAGCAUCCACGAAACACUCGGAAGAGCUGAUCUGAUUAUCGGUCAGGUGCCGUUUGGAUUAGAGCAUCCGAGGCCUGUCCAUCCAAGUAAGUCGGUUUUUUUUCUCAUUUAUUUUCACAUUACUGUACACCACAGUUUAAGAAUAAGUAAGUCGUUUUUUUUCCUCAUUUCUUUUUCCAUUACUAUACUCCACAGUUUUAUAACAAUCGCAAUUAGGUAUUAGGCUAGGACCUAAUUUUGUGCCGUCUUCAACAAAACAUGUGUCACUUUUGAAUGUCGCUUAGAAUUCCCUGCAAGUAGAGCUGCCAAAUCUGAGUAGAUAGCGCGAAACAUGAAAGCAAAGAACCAAACUCGAAGGCAAAGUUAGAGAGCGCUAAGUUCUAGUUUCCGCCGCUGGGCUCGUCUUUGUCUUUGAGAACGCCUAAAUGGCGCUCAUUUGAUUGAUCUGCCAAUUUUUGCCGUUAAUAGAAACAGGUUGUGUCACGGAGGUUCUUGGAAAUUUUAGUUAUGCAUGUUCCACACCCUCACGGUGUUCACCAGUUCGUUGAAUUGAGCUGGUAAUUUUCACUGGGCCAUGAUUUCUGGGAGUCCAAUUGUUUUCCACAACAUUGCAGUUCCGUGAUCGAUCUCUUGGUGAUUAUAAUAACAUAUCUUUUUUUUUAACAUGUCCUGUACUGUUUCAUUAUAGACACUCGGGUUGUUGGUCCAUUCCUUCCCAGUCCAGCUAAGCCUCUACCAAAAGAACUGGAGGAAUUCAUAGGAAAAGACGGUGACCAAGAUGUUAUCUUAGUUUCAUUUGGUAGCAUUUUGGGAGAAAUUGCAGAAUUAAAUGAACCACUCUUGCAAAGAAUGGCAGACGCUUUCUCUAAGCUUCCACAAAAGGUUAUCUGGAAAAUGAAGUUAGAAGGUAUGUUCAUAAACACACCGAGGAAUAUCCUCAUUCAAGGAAGGAAGAGUAAUUACAGUGAUCAGCGGAUUAACUAGCCUGGUUACAGACCUUCUAUUUUCUCUUUAUAGAGAAAAGAUUAGCGGGCAGGAUUAACUUGAUGAGAUGGCGGGUACUCUAGAUUUUUGACGGCGAAGUCGAGUGAAGGUUGGGAGCAAAUACCUGGUAGCUUUUGCUCUGCGGCUCCGCCUUUAAAGCCCCGUGCAAACGGACGCAACAUUGUUGGCCAACAACUCCCAACAUUGUCGGAUGUUACAUGUUGCGUCCGUUUUCACACCCUGUUGCGUGUUGUUGGAUGUCGUUGCGUGUUGUUGCGCAAAGUUUGAAACCGGUCAAACUUUUCAGCCAAUAACUCCCAACAUUUCUUUUGUUCCGUGAUCGCCGAAGCGUAGCGCAACAAUGUUGGAUCCGUUUGCACAGCUUUUCCAACAUUGUUCGGGCCACGCACGCUCAUUACGCAUGGUUUACAAAGACUUGUGUGUUGUAUCCCUCCCACGAUGCACUGCAGGUCCCAACAUUGUUGGGAGUUGUUGCAUCCGUUUGCACACCACUGCCAACACUCACGCAACAACUCCCAACAUUGUUGGCGCAACAAUGUUGGGAGUUGUUGCGUCCGUUUGCACGCAGCCUAAGAAAGUAUGUAGGAUAUAAUAAUUCCACCAACUACGUACUAGGCUAUUUACAGCUCGUCGAGCGCCUGUAUGAAUAUAAAAUCCGCGAGGGAUUUAUUAAGCGCUAGCGCAAGGGGGCGGGGUGGGCAAUGCGCCUCCCGCCCCCAUCUUGCCUUACGUGCAGUGAUUUCAGAAAAAGCUCCAUUAGUAAAGAUAAAUCAAAUGCUACCAACUCACAUGUCAUAGCUGCAGAAGGGUACCAUCUGGUCGCUGUUAAAUUACCCAGUGACUGUACGCAUUUUUUUCUCAACAGGCAAGCUACAUGUGUCAGUAAGUGACAAUGUCAAACUGAUGUCAUGGUUACCACAGAAUGACAUUCUCGGUCAUCCUAGGACUCGUCUAUUUAUAGGCCACGCAGGAAUUAAUGGUAUCCUAGAAUCAACCUACCACGGAGUGCCAAUGAUCCUUGCACCCUUUUUUGGAGAUCAAUUUUACAAUGCUAACACUAUGAAGCAGUUAGGACUUGCGGAGGUUGUAAACUUGUGGUCCAUGUCAUCAGAAGAGUUCGUUAGCUUGAUACAAAAAGUGUUAAGCGACCCUAGGUGAGUUCUUUGGAAACUCCUUGCACUAGCGAAUCUUAUGGUAGAUUUAAUGAACAAUUAUUGGACGGAGUUGAGCAAAAUAUCGUGAUUUGUCAGUGGCGAAUAGAUCAUCUCUGCGACACACUGACAAAUCACGAUAUUUUGCAAUAACCUAGUUCAAUAAUUCUUUUAUCAUUCGGUCACCGAAUUUGUUUUUUAAUGAAUAUCUUUGGAAAGCUGCCAUUUUCACGCAAGAGCGAUCGCAAGAAGGAGAAAAGCGUGGUUUCACUUACGCAUGAGCAGAAUAUUUUUUGCAGCCAAAUACAGUUGGACGACAUUGCGCAUGAGCAGACCAUUAUUUGCAGGUCAGGAGGUAGGCUGUCGGCUAAUGAAAAGGAAGAAAAAUUUGCACCGAAUGAUACUGCUCGAUAUUUUCAUGUAAUUUCAUGUAUUUUUCGAGAUAUUUUUAUAGAAUCUUCGGCACUCAGGGCAUAUAUUCCACUGUGUGGCUGUCGUGGUGUUGUCCGGAAAAAUAACAUAUCCUAGCAGUCUUGAAUAACAACAACUUCCUUCGGGCACCAUUGGCGUCUCCUAGAAAAGCGUUUCAGCUCAGCUGACGCGUACACUUACCAUAUUUAUAGAGCGUUACCCAUAAGUCAUGAUAGCUCAGUAGCCAAUCAAAUCUCUAAAAUUGCGUUAUUGAAUGAUCCAGCACUUGCCACUCAGGCUGUUAUACACACCACGAUUGCACUGCUUGUUCUACGUAAAUAAAAUCACAUCACGGUAAAUCGAGUAAAUCAUACUGAAAUGACAGAGGUUAGCUUUUUGAUUUCUACCAGGGCACAUCUACUUCUGACCUACUUUUUAAUAGCCUGUGUACCGACGCUCCCACUCCUCAGUAAAAAUCACCCCUUUCCCGAUUUUUUUUUUUACUUAGGCGUGGAUGCGUCUGUACAAAGGCUAACUACUUUAAAGGGAGAAUUUGCUAUCAGUAAAUGAAAAAGAAUACAAGAAAACGGUCGUUACACGUUUGCCGACGUGAAAGUCUUUAACACUUCUAAAAAAAAUGAAUCGAACACCCAGUAGUUGUUUUAGCAGUACUGUAGCAGCAGCAGUAGCAGCAGUAGCAGCAGAAGCAGAGUAGAUUGAUCGGCCGAUAGUCUAGGGACCGCACUGAAACCAGCCGAGCGAGUGGCAAUCUCUUGCAAAAACAUUAAACAAUUAGAUUUGACGUUGUAAGAGAAGGACCCGCUUCAAAGUAUAUCUAAAUCACCUGAGAAGUAGAAAAAAAAUGCACCGCCUCAAAUGACCGCCCAUUUUUUUCUGAAACUUCCCUAACGUAAUGACACGAAACGUGAUUUUCCACCCGUAUUUCGCCGGUUUUCCCAUGUAAAUGGUAUGUAUCCCAAGAUCCUCCCCUCCCUUUAUUUCUAGUAUCAGGGUCAGGUAUAAAAUGUUGAACAAAAUUGCAAGUAUAACGCUCAUCGGGGCGUAUGUUUCACGGUUCGGAACCAAGGAUUGUAACGCUGAUAGAAAAAUUGGAUAGGGAUAAAUAUCUCGAAUUGGGAACAUCCUCAGUUCGUCGAUGGUAAUUUAUAAGACAAGAAUGAAAAACAAAUAUAGCACACAGUUGUGGUUAUAGGUGAGUAAUGGUGAUGGGGGCUUUGCAAUCGGCUAGCGCUUUAACUAUUAACUAUUUUCUUUUAGUUAUCGCAAGAUGGCAAAAGGAAUAUCCAAUUCGGUUAAGCUUCUGCCGCGCCCACCUGUAAAAGAAGCCGCCGACUGGGUGGAGUACACGCUGGCUCAGGGUGGCUUACCGUUCCUCAGAGCUCGAGGACUGGACCUGCCAUUUUAUCAGUUGUAUCUUCUGGAUAUCUUAUUGUUGGCAUUUUUGGUCUUGUUUUUAACAGUGUUUGCUCUUAGAUUCUUGUUAAAGGCAGCUAUUAAUCUUUUGUUGGCACCAGCUACAAAAGAGAAAGCUAGCUAA